UCCUGUUGGUGGCAGUAGGAAAUGUGAAACCACAGCAGAAGAAAACAAAAAGAAACCGAUUGCUACACUGUACAAUAGCAGACUGGACUGUAAACAGAUGAUCUCAAGCUAGCGUCGCUGUUUAGGUAUUAAAAAGGCUGUACUGCUGGAUAAACUACUGUGGUGCUGUUCCUUUGCUGAACCCCCUAUCACUCCUGCCUCCUACUGCUGUUCCCUUGAAGGCCUCCACCCCCUCCUAUCCCUCCUGGUGACCCCUGUGAUGUCGUCCCCGUGCUGUGGCUUCCUGGCGCAGUACACCCACCAUCACCUGGUCGCCUUCCUCCUCACCUUCUUUAGCUAUGUCCUCCUGCACGCCUCAAGGAAGACAUUCAGUAAUGUGAAAGUGAGCAUCUCAGCCCAGUGGACUCCCUCUGUGCAGAAUGCCAGCUCUCCUGCCUUCUCACCCGGGGAGACAUGGGAGGAGAAUAACCUGUUUGCAGACUCCGAUGAAGCCACUCUGUUCCUGGGUGUCCUCGACACCAUCUUCCUGUUUUCCUACGCCGUGGGCCUAUAUAUGAGUGGAGUGAUCGGAGACCACAUGAACCUCCGAUACGUCCUCUCCUUUGGUCUGUGUGGUUCAGCCAUAGUGGAGUUUGUGUUUGGUACCCUGACUGAGUGGCUGCAGUUCUAUAACAUCUACCUGUACUGUGGCCUUUGGGUGCUGAACGGCCUACUGCAGUCUGCUGUCUGGCCCUGUGUGGUGGCAGUCAUGGGGAACUGGUUCGGCAAGUCGGGGCGAGGUUUUGUGUUUGGCCUGUGGAGUGCCUGUGCCUCUGUUGGGAACAUUCUGGGAGCUUUUCUGGCAUCCAGUGUUCUCAAGUACGGAUAUGAGUAUGCCUUCCUGGUCACUUCAGUGCUGCAGUUUGCUGGUGGGGUGGUGGUGAUCUUUGGUCUGCUAACCUCCCCUAAAGAAGUGGGUCUGUGUUUGGAGUCAGAGACAAGUCUGAGUCCAGCGGAGAGAGAUGUAGACAGCCACAGGCCUCUGAUGAGUGAUGAAGAGGAUGAGGAAGAGGAGGGGGAAGAGGAGGGAUCGGAGGAGGUGUGUGACGGAGGGUACUACACCAUCCAGCAGGGGAAUGAGGAGCCGCGGGAAACACCCAAAGCCAUCGGAUUCUGCCAGGCCUUCUGCCUGCCCGGGGUGCUGCCUUAUUCCCUGGCGUACGCGUGUCUGAAGCUGGUGAACUACUCCUUCUUCUUCUGGUUGCCCUUCUACCUGAGCAGGAACUUUGGCUGGAAGGAGGCCCAGGCCGACAGGCUCUCUGUGUGGUACGACGUGGGAGGCAUCAUAGGUGGUACGAUCCAGGGCCUGAUCUCAGACUGCAUGGGGAAGAGAGCUCCAGUGUUAGCCGUCAGUCUGCUGCUGGCUAUGGGAGCCCUGGUGGGGUACAGUCACUCCCCUCCGGACCAGGUGGUGAAUGCAGCUCUCCUGGCCACCACAGGUUUCUUCAUAGGAGGGCCAUCCAACAUGAUCAGCUCAGCCAUCUCUGCAGACCUGGGGCGACAGGAGGCCCUCAGGGGCAGUCAGGAGGCUCUGGCUACCGUCACCGGCAUAGUGGACGGGACUGGGAGUAUUGGAGCUGCAGCGGGACAGUACUUGGUAUCGCUGAUCGAGAGCAAACUGGGCUGGAUGUGUGUGUUCUACUUCUUCAUAGUCAUGACGGGGGGCAGCAUAGUCUUCAUCUUGCCGCUGAUCGUGACUGAGAUUCGGGCCAUGUGGAGGGACAGACAGGCAAGGACACACCAGCUGUGAAGCCUUCCUCACGGGGGCCAUGUUUGUUCCUACUCCUUCCCUAUGGGGCCUACUAGCUGUCAGUCAAUCAGACUAUGUCCACUGAUCACUACUGUAGAUGUAUGUACAACAUGUCUAUGAAUGUGUGUCCAAUCUAUGUAUAUAUUUGGUCUGAAACACAUUUUUUAAAGAUAUUACUUCAGCGCCUUUUACGAGUGGGGGCAGGGCCCUCUCAAUGUUUGUGGUCUGAGAUAGGAAGUUCCAAGCAGCUGUCAAUGAUUCAAAUUCCUUUACCUGUUUACUGAAGUGUAUAAUGAUUACUUGUAUAGAAUGAUUGGAUCUGCUCAUUUGCUUAGUAGAGAUCAGAUUUCAAAGGCACGCAAAACACACACUCACUGAAGUCCGCCACUCACUCUUAGAAUCUCACAGUCACACAUCCGCUUGGUAGAUUUUCAGUCAUUGCCUGUAGCACAUACAUGACCACGUUUACAUGCACACAGUAUUCUGGACAGUAGCUCAUUCAUAUGGGUUAAAUAGUAUUUUUAAUUAUUUUUUUUAAAUUUUACCUUUAUUUUACUAGGCAAGUCAGUUAAGAACAAAUUCUUAUUUUCAAUGACGGCCUAGGAACAGUGGGUGUUCAGGGGCAGAACGACAGAUUUGUACCUUGUCAGCUCGGGGAUUCGAACUUGCAACCUUUCGAUUACUAGUCCAACGCUCUAGGCUACCCUGCCGCUCCAGUAAGUGAAAUAUGGCCCACAACCUCUCACAUGUAGCAUAAUAUAAUGUUAACUCCUGCAGAAUUAUGCUUUUUUUUGCAGUAAAAUUAGGCAACAAAUGUUAAUUUUGUCUCGGGAACAGGAGUGGAUAAAUAUUAAUUAUUUCUUUCAGCAACUCUUAAGAAAAUGCGUGUGUGAUGUGUUAUCUUUGAUGCUGUUAUGCAAGCAGACAAUCUUAUCAUAAACCUAUUUAAUCGUUUUCUCAGUUUUUAAUUGAAUGAAAACCAGUCAAACUGAUGACAUUUGGACAUUUUGCACAGACCUAUCGUUCCAUUGUUUUUGGAAUCUUUCCACCGUUCUCCCCGGUCGCUAAACGAACAGACAACUUUACCGGUUUUAGAUAGAUUACUACUGCGUUCAUUCUAUCGAUGUAAGACAUUAUUCUGGUGAGCACUACUUUAUUUGGUCUUCUGGGACAACAAGUUAUGACAGAAGAUAAGCUGCAUGUAUCUAACAAUAGUUGGCAAACAAAUGGCCGACUAAUUGUCAGAAAUUAUAAACAGAAAGUGUUUAAAUUAAGGGUGAAAUUAGCCAGUAGGCUACACGGUCCAAUACGGAGCAUCAGUAAAACUUUUGCGGGUUAUUGUAAACGGGAUAUGAUGUUUACGUGUGUCAACUCACUUGAGUACCCCGAAUAAUAACGGAAUAUUGGUGUGCAUUUAAACGUGGUCAGUGUAAAAAGUAAAGUUUUUAAGCAGCUUUGUAAGUCAUAAAGGUCAGUAAACAUUAACUGCACGCCUCUGAAAUAUUUUAUUUAUUUAAAGAACAGUAAGAUUACAUCAAUGUAAAAAAAAUCGUCUUAUCAAAAUGAGGUAAAAGUAUACUGAUUUUAUUUACUGUAGGUACAUAAAUUAAAACGGUACAAGUAGUUCUCCUGGUUGGACUGGGAUCAGUUGCUAAAUUACUGUAGUGGUUUUAACCAAGGUCACAAGUGCAUUUCAGCUGGUCCAGGACCUGCUAAACUUGAUGAAAUGGAAUGUGUAUUUAAUUGUAACAUUAUCGAAUGUAUGUUCUUAAUCUGUGAUGAAUGUUCGUUUUGUUCUCUCCAUAUGUGCACUUUAAAUUCAUAUUUUAAUGAGCUUAUAUGUGAUGUUUGUUUUGUUUUUUCUAGAAAAGAAAAUUGACUUUUUCUAAACUGUUGACUCCUAUAUUUUAUUCUUCACAAGGGAAUUUACUAUAUAUGUUUGGGAAACUACCUCAAUGAAUUUGAACUUCAAUGACCUAAACUGUAUUCACACAACUGACUUCUUUGUAUAAAUCUCAUAAAGCAAUGAAACCAGCAUUUAGAAACAUUGAA